AUGAAUGUAUCAACCAUGUUUGAAAAAUCAAUAUUCAUAAACUGCGAACAUUUCUUCGCACGUAACUCAUAUGUAUUAUGGUUUUAUUUACAUAGAAUCACCUCAUCAUUCCCUUAUUUUACUUUUGAAAACCUUAACCGGAUAACAAGAAAUUUAAUACCUCAAGUCAAAGAGUUAUUCGACAUCUCUCAUGAUUUUGUUGGACUUGAAGAACCAAUGAAUAAUGAAUAUCGAGAGAAAGUUAUUCCCGUGAUUCUAAAUAUUUUUGUGGACGUGUAUCCAUGUGAAGAAAGAAGAAAUCAAGAGAUGAUAGAAGAGUCCUUGCAAUUUGUCAAAAUGAUUCCUGCAUCCAACGAAGCUAUCUUGUCUUUGAAGGCUUGUUCACUUCCUCGUAAUUGUUCCAUAUGCUUAGAGAAGUUUCACGAUGAUUUAGAAGAAGAUGGUGAUGGUGAUAACGUGAAAGUUUCAACAAUGGCGUGUGGCCAUAUAUUUCACUAUAAUUGUAUUGUGGAGUGGCUACAAACAAGUCAUGUAUGUCCUUUAUGUCGUUAUGCUAUGCCUACUUGA